AUGUACGAUGAUGAUGUGACCAACUGGUUGCAUCAUCAACUCACUCGACGGACCGCAACCCUCAACACCAACGGAUGGUCGAUCUUGAAAGACUCAAACGAUUUCAGCCCCACUGAAAACAUAUAUCAAUCGGUUUCUCCAAGUUUCACUUCAACUUCUCAUCAACUCCUUUCCAAAAUGUGUGGAGACUCUGGUUGUGAGAGUGAUUGUUCCCAACCUCGUCGCACCUCACGCGUUACCACUCCACUCCGAUUGGCACCUGGUAUGAUUCAACCGUCUCAGGACAGUCGACGUGGACUUUUUCUCCCUUCUUCGCAACCUCAUCCGUCGGCUGGAAGCUCUGCGGCCAAUCCAACUGGCCGCAAACGAGGCCGAUCGACAUCUAGAUCUGAAUGCGAGACCGUAAUCCAACCGCAGUGGCAUCGAACAAAAGAAGAAGACUUUCAGCCAGAAGAAGUCAUCCGUUCCCCAAUCGAAAGGAUAGAAAGCUGUUCCCACCGCAUCUACGUCCACCGCUGCUACAGGAGAGUCAAAUCGAAACCAAGUCAUUCCAGAGACCUGCGCCAAGACUCUGACGAUGAGAAUGCUAGGAUCCGUAAAAAAUCGAAGAAAUCUGAAGCCGACCCGGAACGCAAGGAGGAAGUCUAUGAUGCUAUCGAGAUAUACUUUGAGGAACCAACACCUGGUUCAGAAGAUGUAACACCUGAUUAUGUUUUCAUAUUCUCUUGA